CUCAAACAUGGACCAGCUCAUUGACAUAGACGAUGUUGAGACUGGGAUGCGCUCUUCCAAGAAUUCGACGAUACCCUUCGGUUGCAUCAGCUCAAACUCGAUAUGCUACGUCGCCAUCACGAUCGCGACCCUGGCCUUCCUGGGCACCAUCGUCUUCAUCUGCAGAGACUACAUAAAGCUGCUCCUGUACUGGAUCGAGCAUCAGAACGCCUGGAUCAUCGCCGUGAUCUUCAUAGGCUUGUUCACAGUGGUGUCGUUCCCGAUCGUGAUCGGCUACCUGUUCCUCAUCGUCGCCAGUGGCUACCUGUUCGGCGUGGUGCGCGGCAUGGCGAUCGUCUUACUCUCCGCCAAUCUCGGCAUAGCUAUUGCUCACGUUACUCUGGGCCUGCUGUCCACCAGGCUACCCAUAGGUGCCCUCUUACAAAGUGACACGGCGAGGGCGAUACUCCGCGUGAUAUCUGGGCCCCAGGCCUUCAAGAUUGUGCUGUUCGCGCGGCUCACCCCGAUCCCUUUUGGCCUUCAGAACACUAUUUUUGCAGUCAGUAACAUAGGUGGUUUUCAUUACCACGUAGCCAGCGCGAUAGGUUUGCUGCCCGCCCAAUUGGUCAACGUUUACCUGGGCAGCAGUCUGAGAUCGAUGCAGGACGUGCUGGAGGAUAGAUCCACUGCGGCGACUGGCUAUAUAGUAUUUUGCUUCCAGAUAUUAGUAGGAGUCUCGCUGAUGGUUUAUAUUGUACAGAAAGCGCGAAAGGAGCUUCAGUUGACGUUGUUCGAGGCCGAUCUCGCGUCCAUGGCGAAUUCCCCUCAUUACGUUCUCGACGGUCUACCAGACUCUAAAAUAAUCUUGACGAAUUUAAUUACAUAUGUAUUUCGCUAAGACUUUAUCGAUGGUGCUUUUGAAAAUUUAGGCUUUUGAAUACAAGCGUUAUACAGGAACUCGUCAGAGAUAUUUAAGUCUCACCAAAGCUAACGUGAUUUUAGUACCAAACAAAGCUCCUAGAGCAUGUGAUGCGUGCAUGUAUAUUUUGGUAAAAAAAAUGGAUGGAACAAGGGGAUGGUGGAACUGCAAAUCCAAUGUAAAAAGCUUCCUUACAAUAAGAGCAUAUUAUAAUUUAUAUAUUGCUCAUAUAUAUAUAAUAUAUAUAUAUUAAUGAUAGAGACUGAAACUUUACAUUUAUACCUUUUGCAACGUUAUCGAUCAAUUAUUGGUCUCUUUCAGUUCUUUAUAGUUUGAAAUUUGUUGUUAACGUAAUGAUAUUAAUGUGCAUUUGUCCGUUGUUUUUUCUCGUGCACUGUAUAUUCCAUUUGUACAUUAUUAUAUUAUAAAGAGAUACAAUUAUAUCUGUACGGUAUAAUCCUGGAAGGAGAAUGCGUCCCGGUGACAGGAAAGAAAGAAAAAAAUGUAAUAAAUUUGUCAUUCUUCAACCGAA